UUAUAGUUAUCUUGUUUCUGUGACAUCGGUGGUCGCUGAUUGAACUGUUGGAAAAAAUAUGUAAUAAAAUCUCUUUCAACCAUCGAUUCCUCGUCUCAUGCGUGCCGAACAUAAAGGACAAAUUGGGAACUUCGUUUUGGUUUCAAAGAGGUUAAGCAGGCUGACGUAUCGGUUUCAUUGAGCGACAUCCGCUGGAUCUGUUCACAGUCGGCAGCAUACUGCUAUAACAUUUGUUGUUAAACUAUGGCAAUUGCACACGUGGCCACGGAAUAUGUUUUCUCAGAUUUUUUGCUCAAAGAACCAUCGGAGACAAAGUACAAAGGAGUGCGUCUAGAUUUGGCUGUGGAUAAAAUAGUCACUUGUAUUGCAGUCGGGUUGCCUUUGUUGCUAAUCUCUCUCGCGUUUGCCCAGGAGGUGUCAGUAGGAACCCAGAUCACCUGCUUCUCUCCCACCAACUUCUCCUGGCGCCAGGCAGCCUAUGUGGACUCCUUCUGCUGGGCGGCCGUGCAGGGCGUGUCGGGCGACGAGAACAACCACGCUCCUCUCUGGCUGCACAAGUUCUUUCCCUAUAUCCUGCUGCUGGUGGCCAUUCUGAUGUACAUCCCUGCCCUAUUCUGGCGCUUCACCGCUGCGCCUCAUCUCUUCUCCGACCUCAACUUCAUCAUGGAGGAGCUGGACCGCUCCUACAAUCGAGCCAUCAAGCUGGCCAAGAGCCUGGCGUCCAACCUGGACACCAGUGAUGCACCUGCAGACUCCCAGAGCAGCGUCUUUGACCUGGCGGAAGGCUGCUUCAAGUACCCCUUAGUAGAGCAGUACCUCAAGACCAAGAGGGCCUCCCGAAGUCUCGUCGUCAAGUAUCUCAUCUGUCGCGCCCUGACCCUGGUCACCCUCCUGUUCGCCUGCCUUUACCUGGGCUACUACAUCAACCUGGCCGCCGUCACGGACGAGUUCACCUGCAACAUUCGCACGGGCAUCCUCCAUAACGCCACGGCCAUCCCAGCCGCCAUGCAGUGCAAGCUGGUCGCCGUGGGCGUCUUCCAGCUGCUCAGCUACAUCAACCUGGUGGUCUACGCCCUGCUGGCCCCCGUCGUCCUGUACACCACGGUCAUACCGGCGAGGCAGAGCUCCGUCUUCCUCAGGCCCUACGAGGCCCUGCCCACGUUCGGCACGCUGGACCUGACCACGUCCCUCUACGACGACCUCAGCAUCUACCUCCUCUUCCUGGAGGAGAACCUGAGCGAGCUGAAGUCCUACAGGUGCCUGCAGGUGCUGCAGCUGAUCCGGGAGCGCGGGGGGGAGGCCUUGGACACCAUGUGCCUCCUCCGCACCCUGGGCCAGGUGAAGACUGACGUCGUGGACGCGAAGACGGCGGCCACAACGAAAGCAGAGCCCGGAGAGGAAGACGGCUCCACGGAGCUGAAAGACGUGUCCACCCUCUUACUGGAGGACGGGAAAGGCAAGGACGGGAAAGGCUGCGACGAGAAGGCAGUGCGCCAGAGAGUGAUGUAACGUUCCCCCGGGUCACGCCAGUUGCCAUGACGACACGUCGGGCAGAGCUCCGUGUGAACGCUGGCGUGUGUGGGAAGGACGGAGUGCUCCACCGGGACAGGAGGAGACUUGCGGGGGGGCACUGUCAACCCCUCCGCCGCUGUCUUUAUGCAAUACCUUUAUGUCUAAAAACUGCUGUAGCCUAAAAUGGCUGUGUGUCACUACCGUAUCGCCAUUCCCCCCUGUCUAACUCUUUGCGACAUAGUUGUGCUUUUAUUAACGCUAGACUACAUGGGAGAUGUUAGGCAUAUUGUUUACAUACCUGUUUUUAUAUUAUUUAUUGUAAUUGGUAAGGGCAGGUGGGAGAUCUUGGUGAAUUCUGUAGGGCGGCUAACUGGCAAGUCGCAUGUGAGUUGCUGGUCCCAUUGGUUGCUCACUCUGAUUUCUCCCCGUCUGAAUAAAGCAAAAAAGACAGACUGUCUACAUGGCAGCAACAAAGAAUUUGUGAGGUCAAUAAAGAUUGGUUGGACAGGUUGAAUGCACUGAAGAAAACAUUGCACUACACAUAUUCUCAGUUUCUGUCCAUACAGUAGUUUGUGCAAUUCAUUUUUUUACAUCAAAGUGUAACAUUUAUUUGAAAGAACACUGGCUUAUAACUGAGCGUAGAUAUUUUGUAUUCUAAUUAUUCUUGGCGAGCUCACCAGCAUUUUUGUUUUUCAAAUGCACUGCAUUAGUAUGUUACUCAGAGCAUACAUUCAGGUGUUCCAAGAAAACUGCCUUUGCCCUGUUAAAUGCACUGGAAUCCAAGCCAUUUUCUUCCUUGUGUUAGUUUGGCACAUUGCCAUGCAUGGUACGUAUUUACUGUGUCUUUGGAAAUUCAUUUCAAUAUUCAAUUAUACAUUAUACAAUUACUGAAUUGUACAAUUGUCACAAAAAGCAUGUGUUUAUUUUAUUAAAUGCUAUUGAAAACUA